AUUUAUUGAAUAUACAAUAAUUUAUUCAAAAAUAAUUUAAUUAAAAAUUAAUACAAUAAUUAUUUAUUAAAUAAUUUACAAACAAGUAAACCUACGAAACCUAUAUGAAAAACAUAAAUUUUAAUACGUACCAAGUGUACCAACAGCAACGACAAGAACAGCUACAACAACGACAGCAACAGCAACAACGACAACUUCAACAACAACAACAAUCAAGCCCACCAACACCGUUACAACAAUUAACCUAUAACCAGCAACAUCAGCAACGAUCAAAUUUAGAACAACAAACUAAUAUACGAUACCAACAACAACAGCAACAGCAACAACAUCAACAGCAACAGCAGCAACAAUUACAUCAAUCGCAGCAACACCUACGUGCGACAUAUUAUAAUUACUUACAGCAACAACAACACCUACAACAACAGCAAAUUAAAGAAACCGCUCCCUUGCAUUUAACAAAACACAAUUUAGCUGUUCCCCAUAGUAAUAGUAAUAACAACAACAACAACAACAACAAUAGUAAUAAUAAUAAUAACAAUAAUAGUAGUAGUAACAACAAUACAACAAUUGUUAAAAAUAAUAUUAACACUAUUGCUACCGCACCCGCCAAUACUAUUGCACCGACGCAACGCAACAACGCACAAAUGUCUGCUGCAUUAAAUACCGCAAAUUUUAUACAAAAUCAAUUUAAUUUUAAUUACAUAAAUUUUCAAAAUAAUAACAACAAUAAUAACAACAACAAUAAUAGUUUAAAUAAUUUUAAUAAUUAUAAUGCAAAUAAUUUAUCAACAACAACAGUAACAACACCACUAUCAUCUUCAUCAUCUUCGUCAUCGUUGCUUCUGCAAAAUACUACGAACUUGCAACAAAUACAACAGCAACAAUUGCAAUUCCAACAACAACAGCAACAACAUUUUUAUCAUUUGCAACAAUUGCAAUUACACCAACAACAGCAGCAGCAACAACAGCAAGAACAACAAUAUGAAAAUAUUACUACAACAACUGGUGGUAAUGCUGUUACUGUUGCAGUUUCACAAAAUAUUGUUGCUGGCAACGCUGGCAAUGAGAAAUUUACAAUGGAUGCUUGCGAAAUUGCAAACUUUCUUGCCAAUGAGCUUUAUAUGCAACAGCUCGUUUCUGUGGAUGGGAUACAAAGUGGCGUGCCCACCUUGACAACGCCCACCUUAACACCGACAACUUUACGCAGCAUCGAAGAUACCUUUAUACAACUAACAAAUGAACCAAUCAAUGCACCUUUUCAGGCUGGUUUUGUCCCUCCAUCUUAUUGUUUACCAUAUUCCACAAGCGAAGCCAACGAAACUGAAUCCGAUGUCGAUUCACAAGCAUCUUGGAAUGCCAACCAUUUAAAUGAAGAGAAUUCUAUGGCCACUACUGAUACUUCAAGUGCCGCAACUGAUACCGCUUCUUUUACUGGCUUAAUCAAUAAUUCGUUUGGAGCUACCUCAAAUGCAUCGUCCACAAAUGAUUUUACCGCCAUAAAUAUAGCUUUAGCAUCGAAAGCAUCAGUUAAAAAUGCAACAAGCCUUUUGGGCAAUUCAACGAAUAAUACCUCAAUCAGUGCCACAACAACACCACGUCGUAAUCAAGGCGGUCGCCGACCAGCCAAAGACACAAAUAUGACACCAGAAGAAGAAGAAAAGCGACGCAUACGACGUGAACGUAAUAAGUUAGCUGCAGCACGUUGUCGUAAACGACGCGUCGAUCAGACGAAUGAAUUGCUGGAUGAAGUUGCACAGCUUGAGAGGAAACGAGAAGGUUUACAAAAAGAAAUUGAAAAUCUAAAUGGCGUAAAACGUGAUUUAGAAUAUGUACUAGAAGCACAUCGUUCCACCUGUCAGAAAAUACAAAGCGAUAUCUUAACAGUACAUACCAUUGGUGGACUUAUUGCGCCGACAAAUACCAAUAGCAAUGACAGCACCGGUACUAUAACAGGUCUAGAUACAACACUAUCCUCUGCUGGACGUUCUGCGUCACCACUCGAUCUUAAGCCAAAUAUCUUGGGCGAUACGAGCGUAUUUGGCGAUAUGGUGCAUAUCAAAAAUGAACCACUCGACACACUCGAUUCCAUGAAUUCAUCACUUGAUAACGACGAUGAUGGACCAACAUUACCAAAGCGUCUUCUGCUCAGCAAUAAUAAUCCAAUGAUACCAAUGAUACCACCAACAUUACCACAUAUGGCAACAAUCACAGCAUCCUUGGCAGCUGCUGCCUCAGGUUCAUUAAAUACGCCUGUUGUCACUACGGCACCAGUAAGUUUCGCUUCAUUUAGCAACACAACAUUGAACGCAUUGAAUAAGCAACCAAAUAGCAGUAGACAACGACCAAAUUCAUUGCCCACUAUGCCACGGAAUUUAGCCGCUCUGCAUGUGGACGGCAUGUCUACGAAUAUAAAUGGAGUGCCUAUACAAACACCAACGACAGGCAUGUUAAAUUUCGAUUCCCUGAUGGAUGGUGGUACUGGCUUGACACCAGUGUCGGGUCCAUUAGUGCCAACAUGCUCCUCACAAAACAAGCAUCCACUUGAGCUGACCACACCCACAAGCGAACCAUCCAAAUUAGUUAGUUUAUAACAAUAGAAACAAACUAAACCAAGUUGUUGCCUGCAAUGAAGUUGGAGGCGUGAAGUUGCUGGAGCAUGAAAUCAACAAAGCUGGUCUUGGCUGUAUGGCUGCAAAGUUAUUAAAUAUUAAAUAUUAAAUGUUUCGCAUAGAAAUAGAAGUAAAAUUAUUUGUUAAAAUUA